AUGAGGUUCCCGUUGCUCCUGGGGUUCUUGCUGGCAAGCCUGGAGUCCGCGCUUUUGAUUCCCCGUUGGAAAAGCCGCCAGGAGCAGAGCCAGGCGACGGCAGGGGACACCGUGGUGCUCACCAUCGACGGGGAGCUCUGCCACUUCCCCUUCCAGUUCAACCGUCGGCUCUACCACCACUGUACCCAGCGGGGCCGGCCGGGCUCCCGGCCCUGGUGUGCCACCACCCCCAACUUUGAUCAGGACCAGCGAUGGGGUUACUGCCUGGAGCCCAAGAAAGAGAAAGACCACUGUGGCAAACACAAUCCCUGCCAUAGGGGGGCUACCUGUGUGAACACGCCCCACGGCCCCCGCUGUCUCUGCCCUGAGCUCUAUACCGGCAAGCACUGCCAGAAAGAGAAAUGCUUCGAGCCUCAGCUUCUCCGAUUCUUCCAUGAGAAUGAAAUCUGGUACCGGGCGGAGCAGGCCGGCGGGGCCAAGUGCCAGUGCCGGGGGCCUAAGGCCCAGUGCCAGGUGCUGACAGGCCAGGCCUGCCAGACAAGCCCGUGUCUCAACGGGGGACGCUGUGUGGAAGUGGAGGGGCACCAGCUCUGUCACUGCCCUGAGGGCUAUUCUGGAAGCAUCUGCGACGUGGAUAUUGGGGCAAAUUGCUACGAAGGCCGGGGGCUCAGCUACCGCGGCAGGGAACGGACCACGGUCUCGGGCGCUCACUGUGAGUCCUGGACCUCGGAGGCCAGUUACCGCAACGUGAGCGUCGAGCAAGCGCGCUCCUGGGGCCUGGGAGACCACUCUUUCUGCCGGAAUCCCGACAACGACACCCGUCCCUGGUGCUUUACCUGGGUGGGCGACCGUCUGACCUGGGAAUACUGCCGCGUGCCACAGUGCCAACCGCUGGACCGACUGACGCCCCAAAUCCGUCCCGCGCGCUGGAGGCCCUCGGGGCACCCGGAGCUGCCCCCUCCCCCGCCUGCGCCCGGGCUUCCCGAGUCCCUGACCCCCGCCGCGAGCUCAGCUCAUCUCCCGACCCCUGCCCCGCCCACGUUGCCCCAGCAGCAGCAGUGGGUCCCUGGGUCCAGCGCGCGCCAGGCGGAGCCGGAGAGCUGCGGUCGGCGCCUCCGGAAACGGUUUUCCUCGAUGCGCCGCGUCGUCGGGGGGCUGGUGGCGCUGCCCGGGGCGCACCCUUACAUCGCAGCGCUGUACUGGGGCGACGGUUUCUGCGCAGGCAGCCUCAUCGCCCCGUGCUGGGUGCUGACGGCGGCGCACUGUCUGCAGAAACGGCCUGCGCCGGAGGAGCUGACGGUGGUGCUUGGUCAGGAGCGCUAUAACGAGAGUUGCCAACAGUGCCAGACGCUGGCCGUGCGCUCUUACCGUUUGCACGAAGGCUUCUCGCCCUCGACCUACCAGCACGACCUGGCCCUGCUGCGCCUGCAGGAGCGCGCCGACGGCAGCUGCGCCCUCACGUCGCCCUACGUGCAGCCCGUGUGUUUGCCCCGCGGCCCCGCGUCGCCAGCCCAAGAGGAGAGCGCGGCCUGCGAGGUGGCAGGCUGGGGCCACCAGUUCGAUGGGGCGGAGGAGUACUCCAGCUUCCUGCAGGAGGCCGAGGUGCCUCUGAUCUCCCCUGGGCGCUGCGCGGCCCCCGAAGUGCACGGGACCACGUUCCUCCCCGGUAUGCUGUGCGCCGGAUUCCUGGAGGGCGGCACCGACGCGUGCCAGGGGGACUCCGGGGGUCCGCUGGUGUGUGAGAACGAGGACACCGAGGACCAGCUCAUCCUUCGAGGCGUUGUCAGCUGGGGCUCCGGCUGUGGGGACCGCAAUAAGCCAGGUGUCUACACCGACGUUGCCAACUACCUGGCCUGGAUCCAGGAGCAUCUGGCUUCCUGAUCCCUCACCCAGGGAUGCGUCUUUUGCUCCUGGAUGAGAUCAUGGAGGCGGUCUCGGCAGGAGUGUGGACGGGCAAGCAUUGCUCCUGGCAGCGUCAUGCAUGCCACAAUCAAUAAAUAGCCUUGUGAGGGGUCCGGAGAGGUAGGACAGCAGGGAGGGUGCUUGCCUCGCACACUGCCAACCCGGGUUCGGUUCCCAGCAUCCCAUAGGAUCCAUCGAGACCUCUGAGAGUGAUCCCUGAGCACAAAAACAGGAGUGUAAGCCCUGAGAACCUCCGGGUGUGGCCAAAACAAACAAACAAACAAAAAAUUACUUUAUAAAAGAGCUUUUUUGAGGGAAGGAGGACAUAUACUCUCAGUUAUAUCCCCGAGCACCGCCAGGGGUCACUCCUGAGCACGGGGCUAGGAAUAGUCCAUCAACAUGAAUGCGUGCAGCCCCCAAACACA